UAAUGUUCUUUAAUUUUGUUUUCGCCUAAAAAAACUCAAAUAUGAAACCCUAGCAAGUGCCAUUUUACGUUAUGGUAAUUUCCAAUUUUCCAACCAAAACAAAUCCCUAACACCCAAAUUCUCAUUCUCGAAUCAGAUUCAUUCCUUUACUUGACUGUAUAGUAAUCUGAUUUACUACAAACAACCUCAGAGAAUUCAGAAUCCCAGCCCAGCAGCAGCAACGAAACCCUAGAAAUUUCACUCUUCACUUUCCCCGUAACGCCUCGCAAAUUGGAUUGGUUUCGGCAUGAGGUAAGUGAAUUGAUUGAGGGAGAGCUUUGAGGUGAAAGGAAAAAAAAGGAAGAACAAAAAUGAGUAGGCUAUCGUUUAGGCCACGCCCAUUGGACAUACACAAGAAGCUACCGAUUCUAAAGUCAAUUAAAGACUUCGAAGACGAUGAGCCUCCUACUUCCGGUACUCGUAACUCUCAAAUGCUGCGUCUUGUUGCUGCUGAGGUCGAAACUGAGGUGCAACCAAUCGCUGCCAAGAAACUGGCUUCUGAAAUACCUACACCUCAGUUUGUUGUUGUUGAUACUUAUGAAAGAGAUUAUUCUCGCACGUUCUUUCAACCCACAUCCUAUUUACGAGCAAGGGGAGCCCGGGCUGAGAUUGGAGAGUUUGUUGAGUAUGAUCUAGAUAAUGAGGAUGAAGAUUGGCUUCAAGAAUACAACAAAGAUAAGAAGGUUCUUGCACCUGAAAAGUUGGAGAGUAUUCUUUUCAAAUUGGAGGUGUUGGAUCAUAAAGCUCGUGAAAGAGCAGGAGUUAUAACACCUACACUUGUUUCACCAAUUCCUGUGCUGUUGACAAUGGAUGCUGCUAUCGAGGGCUUGCAAUCUCAAUCCAUCAAAUAUGGAGUGUUUCAGUUGGUUUAUAACUAUUGGAAAGAAAAGCGUGAAAGGUGGCAGAAGCCUAUUUUACGGCGUUUACAGCCUCCUCCACCAGUUAAUGACAACAACCCCUAUAAUGUCUUUAGGCCAAGGGAAAAAGCUCACAAACUUCACACAAGAAGGAUGCAAAGGAGAGAAAACAAUGUGCAGUCAUUUGAAAAGCUUCGCCAGGUUAGGCGCAACUUAGACCAAGCGAAGACAUUACUUGAGGCUUUGAUGAAGAGAGAAGAGAAGAAGAGAGAUGUUCUAGAAUGUGAAGUUAGCCUUCAGAGGAUCCAAAUGAAGUACAAGCACGAAACUGAGCUCCUUGAAGAUAUUACACUUCCUGGAUUUGCACCAAUAUCUGGCAAGUUUGCUUCAGGUGAAGAUGAGUUUAUGGACUCAGAUGAUCUUGCGAACAGCCGUCCAUGUGCACGACCUGCUGCUGUCCAGAAUCCACCUCUAACAGAUUCUGAUGUAGCCUUAGCUCCACCCGGAAGUGUUAAGCAAGAGUUUCGGCGGCGACAUUUACUGCAUGGAUGGCUCCAUAAAUUGGAUCCUCUUGAGCCAGUUUUGUUGUUCACAAAACCAUUAGUUCCAGAUAAGCUGGCAGCUGCAAACAUUGUACCCCCGUCUGAUACUUCAACAAAAAGUGGUGCUUCUGCAACACCCUAUAAAUUUCAUGGAAGGAUGGGGCGUGGGGGCCGAAUCGUAUUUGAUAGGUGGAAUCCUCUCAUGCAUACUCCAAUCGAUUACGGUAACUCUUUUUACAUUCCGCGGAAGCCACAGCCUUCAACAUACAACUAAUUUUAUUAGUUUUUGCCUGGUCCUCUGCUAUCUGAGCCAGCGGAUUCCACUGUAAAGAAAAUUCAGUAGAUAAUUUUAUUUGUUGUAAUGAUAUACAGUGGGAUUUGAGCAAAAGAUGGGUAGGUUGUUGAAUAUUCUCGGGUGUUUUUCCACCUGCAUUGGCGAUACAUCUAUGCAUUUUUUUUUGCAAAAAGCUCGU